CCUCGUUGCCGCGCCAGUGCUGGCGGCCCUGCAGCUAGAGAGACCAGGGAGCGGCAUUCCCCGGGCCGGGGGUCCCAGUCCUGGUCGUGGGGCCGGGUGUCCAAGGACGCAUUGCUCCGCAAAUCCGAGGGCGCCAGGCUGUCCCGCGCCGGAACCGCUGGAGAGCCCAGCCGCGCCCCCCUUUCCUUCUCGGGGUGCGGCCUCGGGGAGGCUUGUGGGCCAGGCUGAGAGCACUCUCCCUCCUCCCCAGGCCGCACCGGGCACCCCGCAGCCCGCAGAGGGCGGCGGCCUGGCGCCCGCCUAUGAGGAGUGACCCAGCGACUUCCGCAGGCCCCCUGAGGGGGCUCGGGGGGCCCCUGCGGAGCAGCGAGCCCGUGCGCGCCGCCCCGGCGCCGUCGGCGGCCGCGCUUCUGCUGGAGGAGGCGGCCGACCUGCUGGUGGUGCACCUGGACUUCCGCGCGGCGCUGCGCACCUGCGAACGCGCCUGGCAGGGCCUGGCGGAGGAGCCGGCGGGCGCCUGCUUGGAGGUGAAAUGCGCUCUGUGUGUUGUGGGGACCCAGGCGCUGGCAGAGAUGGAUCGGUGGCGGGAAGUGCUGUCCUGGGUUCUUCGGUGUUACCAGGUUCCUGAGAAGCUGCCCCCCAAAGUCCUGGAGCUGUGUGUCCUUUUAUACAGCAAGAUGCGAGAGCCUGGAGCUGUGCUGGAUACGGCCAGCGCUUGGCUCCAAGACGCUGACAACCAGGGCCUUCCGGAGUACAGAGCCUUAGCCGAACUUCACCUGCAGCGGGUGCUGCUUCCUCUGGGCUGCUUGUCGGAGGCUGAAGAGCUGGUGGCGGGCUCUGCAGCCUUCAGCGAGGAGCAGCGGCUGGACGCACUUCGGGCCAUUGGCGCGGCGAGGCAACAGCGGAAACACGGACAGUCCGGCUCCGAGGAGACGCAGGAGCUAAACCAGGAAGGCUCCUCCUCCCACAAGUUCCUGUCACUGCUGACGUUGCUUCGCCAGCUUUGGGACUCUGCAGUGAGGCACUUCUUUUCCCUGCCCUUCAGAAGGAGCCUCCUGGCUGCCUUGCUUCUCUGCCUCUUGGUGGUGAGGUUUGAUCCCGCUGGCUCAGAUCUUCCAUCGGAUCCGCAAAGCCGUGACUUCUCCUCUCUGCCGGCUUCCCAUCCACGACUGAGUGGUCUUCCUGCUCACCUUGACCCCCUGGUCCCCAAGACUGCCGGACAAGCAGAGCCAGUCGUCCACGGCAGCCUGUUUCUUGCAGCUGGAUGGGCCCUGCCAGCGCGGCCAGCCUAAUUCUAGGAGGAGCUGACCUGGCCCAGGCACUGUAUCUUGCUGCCUGAAUGCCCUCCCCUUUGCGCCCCACUUUGGCCAGCUUGGCAGGUAGUGUGGAAACAAGAUGCACAGCCCUGCAGAGGCCCCUUGCACAGGAGGGGUUUGGGAAAGGAGAAUGCUUUGUCCUUGAAAUAUUUCAUCUUCCUGCAAAGGCAGGGGUUUGAUUUUUCAGGCCAGGGUGUUCAUGAAGCUGGAAGUUCAGAACAAGGUCCUGGUGGAGGGACCUUGGCCUUUCACUUGCUUGGAACACUUACCUCUGAAGGUUGCCCCCUGUGCAGGCCCUCCCCGGGCAGGGUGAGGGCUCCACAGUCUGGUCUGGUUUAUCAGUACCCCUCCCCGAGGUGUGCAGUGGGCCCACUCUCUGCUCAGACCAGGCAUGGCUUCCUGAGCCCCCGGUGCACUUCUCACUGGGUAAGGGGAUCUGGCCUGGUGCCUCCUGGGCUGCAGCUCAGUUUUCCAGGUUGUCAGUGGCCAGGUGGGGCUCUGUUACACCCGUGUCUCUGCCCUCUCUCCCUCCUGUCAACUCCUCCCCCUGCCGUGCGGUAGUUGCGCUUUGCCCGAUGGCUGUCUCACCAGGUUCUGCCUGCAUCCUUGCCUCCUUGGCACACGCCUUCGCUGGUUCCCCCCUUCCUAUGCCCUGUUAUUCUAGUUAUAUUCUACUGCUUGUAUAACAUAAGUGUUUCUGCUUCUGUGACCUUGAAAAGUAGGCCAGCCUCAAAGGCUGAUGAGCUGAAAAUGGAGCGGGGUGGUCAGGUGAGCUGGAAGCAUGUGGGGAGGGGGUUGGGUGGAGGGAGGCUCUGAAGGCAGCGAACGGUUUUAUUCCUGUGUGGGGAGGAGACACUGGGGCCCUAGCGGUUGAACAGCUGAAAUGUUUCGGUGCUUCCUGUCCGUGGCCACAAGGAUCCUACCUGUGUCCGUGUGAGGACUUGCGGUCGGGUGGUGGAAGGCCUGGGAGGUUGGUCCUAGGGUUGGUCCGCCGGAGCUGAGUUCAGAGCCCUGCGGAGGGAAGGGAGGCGGCUGGGCCUCGCUCUGUCUCCGUCAGGAUGAGUUGUAAAAUCUGGAUAAAACUCUUCCAUGGCUUCCCCUGGCCCAGGGGUAAAGCCCAGAUUCUUGCGGAAUGUAGGCCCUCGGGCACUGGUUUUGGCGGACACCCCUACAUCGCGUGGGGCCUCUGAUCCAGCCCAGCCCCCCACAGUCUUAGUUUUCUGAGCACUGCACCCCUCACACCUCUGUGCCUUUUGCACCUGCUGAGCCCUCUGGAGGCCCAGCUCCCCUCUUGCCUGGUGAGCCCUUUCAAACUUCCAGACUUACCGAAGCGUUGCCUCUGUGCAUCCUUUCCUGGUGUCCCCUGCUCCAGGCCCCCGUUUCGUGUGCUUUCUGUGUGGUGACCCCGCGGCCUUGUGAUGGUGGGGUUCUGUGGCCUCUCUGAAGCUGGGGAGUGUGCCUCUUCGCGGUGCUGAGUCGAGGGUAGAUCCCUGCCCUCCCCCUCGCUGGGUGUGUGACUGUUGGAAAGUGAUUUAACCGCAUGUGUAAGUUGGUUCUUCCCUCACAGGGACUUGGGUGAGUAAAUGAGCCUCUGGUGCGGUGUUAGCACAUCUCCUGCUCCAGGUAAGAGCUCCCAUGAGAGAUAGCUGGGUUCCCAUUGGCCGAAGGCCGGGGGUUAGAAGGUGUUCAGAGGCAUUUAAAAGAAUAAACGGGGGCUUCCCUGGUGGCGCAGUGGUUGAGAAUCUGCCUGCCAAUGCAGGGGACACGGGUUCGAGCCCUGGUUUGGGAAGAUCCCACAUGCCGCGGAGCAACUAGGCCCGUGAGCCACAACUACUGAGCCUGCGCGUCUGGAGCCUGUGCUCCGCAACAAGAGAGGCCGCGACAGUGAAAGGCCCGCGCACCGCGAUGAAGACCCAACACAGCCAUAAAUAAAUAAAUAAAUAAAAUAAAUUAAAAAAAAAAAAAAAAGAAUAAACGGAUGUAACUGACAUGAUGGGAGGCCUCUGCCACAGGUGCAUGUGUGGGUUUGUGUUGUGGAAGCCCCGACUUUCCAGCCUCUUCUCUCGCCCUGGAAGCCCCCAUGUGGCCCUGCUCCAGGCCUUGAGGGUCUCUGCUUCCUGUCUGUCUUGAGCUCCGCAGCCUUGUUUGGCAUCCAGCCCUCCUAGUCAGACAGGCACUCGGCCCUGCUGCUCCGGUGGCUCGGGCCUUUUCUGAGGGUACAGCUGCUGCUCUGGCUGGUCCUCAGCUCUGGGCUUGACGAGGUCCGAAGCGAAGGGAGAGCCGCCUUGUCACACCAGUGCCUGUGGUGACCAGUGAGGUUGCCAUGAGCUGCAGAUGGCCUUUGAGCCCGUGAAGUGUGGCUGGUCCAUAUGGAGGUGUUCUGUAAACGUAAAAUAUACGCUGAUUUCAAACACAUAGAACUACAAAGGUGGAAACUCGAUAAUUUUUAUAUUGAUUGCAUGUUAAAAUGACAAUCUUUGGGGUAUAUUGGGCUAAAUAAAA